ACUCAGCUCCUCACUCAGCAGCAGCAGACGCAUACGAAAGAAUCAUUUUAAGGUGACUAUCAACAAAAAGGUAAAAUGCGGUCGCCUCUUGGAGCCUUCCUACUCUGCUGCUACCUCUCAGUCAGCCAAGCCAACCGCGUCUACGUCCACCCCUUCAACCUCUUCGCCGCGGAGAAUGUCAGCUGCGAGACCCUGCAGGCCCAGACCUCCACGCCUCUGGAGACGCUUCCUGUGGACCCCCUUGAUAUUGAAGUCCUCACACCAGACAGCAGGGAUCCGUCGAAACUGGACCCACAGAGGCAGAACAUCACAGAGAGGACGGCGGUCCUGGCGGCGCUGUUAAACUCUCUGGGCCUGAGGAUGUACCAGGCUGUCAGCAGCAAGCAGCAAAGCACCAACACCCUGUUCUCCCCGGUCAACACCUUUGGAUCCCUCGUUACCUUCUUCCUGGGGGCCUCGAAGAAGACUGCAAGCACAUUCCAGCGUCUACUGGGCCUGGGCAGUGGCAAAGACCAAGUGGAUUGUGUGUUCUUAAUGGAUGGACACAAGGUGCUCAAGACCCUACAGGGCAUCAACUCUUUGGUGGACGACGGACCCAAAGAUGAAAUCACCACCCAGGUCUGGGCCUUCACUCGCCAGAACGCUCAGCUCUCCAAGGACUUUAUUCAAGGCACGCAGGACUUCUCCGACACAUCGUUCAUCCGUGGUGUAGACUUCUCCGAACCUCAGGAGGCCGAGCAGCUGGUGAACAGCUUUGUGGAGAAGACAUCCGACGGGAGGGUGAAGGGCAUCUUCAAAGAUCUGAACUCCAGCAGCGACUUUCUUUUUGUUUCUUCCUUCAACUUCCAAGGCAACUGGAGGACGGCUUUUCAACCAGAAAAGACCUCCUUGCAGGAGUUUCAUGUGGAUGAAACAACCACAGUGAUGGCUUCACUGAUGACCCACACGGGUCAGUAUCACUACCUGAAGGAUCAGAAACGGCAGUGCACGGUUGUCAAGCUGUGUCUGAGCAAACGGUCCUACAUGUUGCUGGUCCUGCCUCACGAAGGUGCCAGCCUCCAUGACAUCGAGUCUAAGCUGCACACUGACGUCAUGUCUGACUGGCACCAGAACCUCCAGGAAGGUCUGUUGGAGCUGUCCCUCCCAAAGUUCUCCAUGUCUUCUGCGACUUAUCUGAACGACCUGCUGACCAACCUUAAUCCAGACGUUGAGGCCAAGCUGUUGGGCUCUGAGGCAGAGUUCAGCCAACUCAGCAACACCAAACCUUUCACUAUAGAUAAGGUCGUCAACAAGGUGUUGUUUGAGAUGUCUGAAGAAGGCGCAGAACUUCAGGACAAAGUCCAGGAAACAGGCGUCCCUCUAAAACUGUCCAUCAACCGUCCGUUCUUCUUUUCUGUGAUAGAGGGAGAUUCUAGCGCCAUCCUCAUGCUGGGCAAGAUCACCAAUCCCACACUGUAAAGUUAUAUAGUAUUUAAAAACUCAUCAAGAGCCGACUCUUGUUUUCCAGCUCAAAACAUGACCACACAGUACGUGAGGAAUGAAGCAUAACCUCGCUCAAGAAGGAUCUAUCAAUAUUCACAAGUGUUAUCUUUCUCCACCUCUCUGAUUUCUCCACAAACUCAGGAGUCACUGGGGAUCCCCGUCUCAGUAUUUAUAAAACAACUUUUACUUCAUGCUGAGUUGUUUUCAAGCAGACUGUUAGACAUCCUAAUUUGUUUUUCUUCUGUGAAAUUUAUGAUAGCAGAAUUCUGUACAGUAUUUUUCUGUAGAUUAGGUACAGUAACCACGAUUCUCUAUGAUGAAUGACUAAUACGUUGUAUAUUGUAACUAAGAGUUUAUUUUUGUUUUGUUAACAUUUGUGAUUGCUGAAAUAAAACUUGUUUCCCAAUAUAG